AUGGUCGCAGUGGACGUAUUCAGUGUUUAAAAAAAAAAACAUAAAAUGAAUAAUAAUUUAACUGCUGAAUUUGAAAUUGUGUUAAAACAAGAUCUUAAGAAACUAUCAUUAGAAGAGCUUCGUAAAUUAAAAGAAAAAAUUGGCAAUGAAGUUUACCAAAAUGCGAAUACUAAUAAACCAAAAUUAGAUUUUCAUCCUAAACCUGUUAAACGAGAAAACAAAAACAGACCAUCUGAAAUAUCAUCUAAAUUGAACCCUUUUUUAAAUCCUAUCAAAAAGUGUAAACCAAAAAUUAAAACUAAAGUUGAAAAACCCAAAUGUAUUGAUCCCAGAUUUGAUUCUUUAUAUGGUGAAUUUGAUAAACGUGUUUUUGAACGAAAUUAUAAAUUUUUAAAUGAAACGAAAGAAAAAGAAAUAAAAAGGCUACGUAAGAAAGCACGGAAAGUUUCUGAUAAAGAUAAUGAUCAAAUUAAAUUAUUAUUACAAAGAACGGAAAAUCAAAAUCGAGAAAAACAAAAAUUAGAAGCUCAAGAAAAAAUAAAAUUGGAACAGAGACAAAAGAGAUUAGAUGCUAUUAAAGAUGGUAAAAAACCUCAAUUUUUAAAGAAACGGGAAUCAAAAAUAUUACAGUUGGUUGGACAAUAUGAAGAUUUAAAAUCUCAAGGAAAACUCACCAAGCAUAUUAAACAGAAGAGAAUUCGAAGUAUCGGUGAUGAAAAGAAAAAAAUGUUCAAUGAUUCAAUGGAAUAAUUAUUGUUUUUGAUACUUAAUUGAUGUAAAUUUUUGCCGUUUAAAUAUUUCAUAAUAAAAAUAUUGUCUUGUAUGUA